AUGUCGCCGCCAGAGGAUGGCUGUCGGGACGGCCAGUUCCAGGUCGUGCCGAGGGCCCAGGCGCUGCUGGACGCGGUGCCGCAGCCGCCGCAGCCGAUGGGGGAGAGGGGCAUCCCUGAAGCUCUGAAGUUCUCCAUGGCUCAUGGUAAAGGAGGGAACAGUUCUGAGCACUCUGCAGUUGGUGGUUAUGGCAGGGGCAGAGAUGGCCACCGAGCGAGCGAGGGAGGGCCCAUGGCGCUCUCCUGCAUGAGCUGCCCGUCCGUUGCCAGCGGCCCCUCCAUGCGCCGGCACGCGGAGAGUCCGCCCUGGUCGUCCGUCGCCUUUUCCUUUGCCAGAUGCAUUGGGAGAUCGGCGGCCGCCGCCUCAGGGUGGUGCAUUGACGUCGUCGCUGGGAACGGAGUGCAUAUUCGCAUUGAUAAUGGGAUGUUGAAGCGGCAGAGUGAAUCCAUGAGACUGUAG